AUGAUUGGUAUCAAGGGUGGUAUUGCUGCAGAGUCGUUUGGAGAUGACACAGUCACUCCUGGCGCAAUCAAAGCUGAAAUGACACGCCUGGUAUUCGAUCGGCAAUUGACAAAUUCUUUGGCCACCUCUCUAAAAAUUGAAUACUCCUCUAAUGGUACACCAUCGAUCAUCAAUACAAACGUUCGCCUCUUAUCGUUAACCUUUCAAGCGCUCAAUCUGUUGGUCUUUAAGGAAUACGGGACUGAUCUAAAAUCUUACAAGUACGACAGCCAAGAAGACGCUGACAAUCUUCUUUCUCGUCUAACGGGCCUCAAGUAUGGUACAAAGUUUGCACUGUUUACUGCCAGUGAUGGAUUCAACAACAAGUUUAGAUUCAAUGACCAAACAAUUGGAUUUUUGCGAGACAAGUGUGGCAGUGCAAACAUUGAAUCGUUUCAAACAAGUACAACCGAUUACAUUUGGUAUAUGGUGUCUAAAGUUGGUGCGCCAUAUUCUUUUAGUGAAUACGCAACAUCUGGUGAAUGUAGUUUCUUGUAUACCCAAACAAAAGAUACCUCUUUGAAAAGACAAAAAGAGACCAACGACUCACCAAUCGAGACUGAUAUUUCAGUCUAUUCAAAUGCAUUGACUGGAUCAUCCCGCAUCGUCGUCAAUGGAAUUGUCCAAAUACCAACAAGCAAUCGUGGGUUCAUAAUGUGCGCAAUCAAUGAAGUCACUGGUCAAGUAUAUUAUACUAGAGGUUACGACAUAUCAGUUUGCGAUCCUAGCCAGAGCGCUGUGGACAAUAUGAUUAGAGAUAUCCUCGAUCUUUCUAUUGGAACCUUUGUCGCCAUCACUCUUGCCCAACCAAACAUUGGUGCCUUUUCAUUUGAUGGAUUAACUGAAGAAUUAAAAUUUGCUCUCGAAACGGUUGGUGCAUCACGUCUCAAUGAAAUCACCAGUCUCUCGAAAUCCUAUUCCCUUAUUGGUAGAAAGGGAUCACGUGCAGGGUCUGCUUUCGAUAAACUGGCAACAUCUCCAUCUCAACUCUUUUCAAGUUUUGUACCAACACAAGUAAAGUCAUUCAUUGAUAUUGAAGUCACUUCCAAUGCUUUUUAUUCAAACAAUCAUCAAGACUAUGGAUAUUCUAGUUUUAAAAUCAAUGGAGUCUAUAUCACGGAAUACGAAGAAAAUAACUCGAUCGGUCUCAAUGUGAUGAUUAUCAACCCUAUCAAUGGAAUCAUUCAAGAGUUGUGCAACUUUAACACUCAAGAUAACAGCGAUCAUGCAAUUGCCUUUGCCCAAAAGCUGUCAACAUUACCUAUUGGUACUAUUGUGGCUGUCUCUGCUGUUGGAGGUGCUUCUAAAAGAAUUACCGGUGCCAUUGGUGCCAUCGAAAAGUUCCUUGGAAGUAAACUGAUCAAAGAUUUUGUGCUCCCAGAGCCGUAUUGCUUGAUUGCAACUGUGAAUGACAGUUUGACACCUGCCAACCAACAAAUAAUCGGUGAAUGUGUGGCAGGAAAUGACCAAGAGGUCAGCAAAUCUUCUUGUUCAACAAGAUUCCCACUAAAAUCAUUAUUCAGCAAUCGCUCAUCUGGUGUCAAUAUGUGUGUCAGAUCCAAAGGUAAAUCAAACGACGCAAGUUGCCAAAUAAUAAUCAAUGGAGUUGAUGCAUCACCUCUUGGCUAUUCACAAGGACUCAAUGCUAUCUUUGUAAAGAGCUCUGACUUAUCCAAAACAAUCAAGCUUUACAACACAACUGCAAGUUGGGAACAAUUCUUGUUGGAUGUUCAAUCACUCGACGAUGGAACGUUUGUUUUGGUGGCUGUCAAAAAAAGUAUGCCAGCCAGCAGCACAACAUUGGCCAAGAAAAUGGUAUUCACUCUUAUUGGCGCAUCCAAGUUCAUCGUUGUUCCAGAUGACGGAUCCUACUCUGUAAUAGGUAUUAAAGGAAUGGCUGCAGGAUCCGCUCUUGAAGAGUUUUCAAACGGAGAUUCUCAAGUUUGUGUUGCAUCAUGGGAACCCACCACCUCCUCAGCUACAACUACUACUGCAACUAAUAUUAAUAAUGGUAAAACACAUCAAACUGUAUUUUCUGUUCAAUUGUUUGAUCAAUACAAUCAUAAGUGUUCACCAAUCCCUAUAUUAGACAAAACAUUUGCAAGUGGAAACAUUUAUACAAACGAACCAGCAUCCAACUGGAACGGUGAUAGAGAAUCGAAAAGAGGAAGGGUGGUAAAGGCAUUAUUAAUUGGACUUGAAUACAAAAAAGGAGCUACCCCACCAUUGGACAACUCAAGCAUCGAUAUCAAUGACCAUGCUGCUGCUCUUUCCAAUUGUGGCUAUGUCCUCAAGGAAAACAUUCAUGUUUUAACAGAGAACCUCACACAAGUAACAAACAAUGGUACCGCUGUUUGUGGGCCUAGUGCCAAUUGCAUCAAGGAUGAAAUAAGCAAUUGGAUGGCUCCCAACUUGAUUCAAUGUGACUCUCUCUAUGUUGCCAUUAUUGGAAGAUGUUUCAAAAAGUCAAUAUUUGGUGGAAACGAUCCUCAGUCUGGUCUUGUAUCCCUCGAUCACACCUUGACCUAUUCUGAUUAUUCGCUGACUUGGAGCACUUUCCUCGACCUCUUUAACAGUGUACCAUAUGGUGUCAAUAUUACCUUUGUGUUGGACUGUAACAACAGCCAAGACUUUUUGACUACUCUUGCAGGCAAAUCAUUCUACCAGAAUACCAUUGUCUAUUUAUCAUCUGAACCUGGGAAAGUUGUGCCAUUGGUUACCAUUGGCAACUCGAUUGGAAUCAUUCCCCAGUUCACCAAAAUUCUGAAAUUGGGUGGCUGUAAAUCAACCCCUCUAUCUUACAGUUCAAUCAUCACUCAACUUAAACAACAACAAGCCAAAGAAUAUAAAUCAGUUCCAUACAUGUGGAUCUAUGGAAAUUCAGAAGGAACUUUUUCGUUCCUCACCCGAGCCUCAUCAUCAAAGGUUACUAUAUACCAAUAUCAUGCUUCUGUUGCAGGAUCCAACAAGUUUAGAUACUUUUACUCAAGAUUCAAUAAUGUAGGAGGUGAAUGGAUAUUAGAUGGGCCUGUUUGGAUAGCAUUAGCACCAGAUACUAGUGAUGGAUUUCCUAUAUACCAAUACUCGAUCCUUACUCGUCCAGUAACCAAUAGUAGUGUAGAAACAUACAACUACGACUAUUGCCUAGACAGUACUCACUCCAGUGAUCCUAUAACUGGAUACAAGUGGUACCCAAUGGGUUCGGUUUGGAGAGCGUAUCCGAAAAGAUCUUCUGGUCUUCAACCUGUCUAUCGCUAUUAUUUCGAUCAAGUGACCAGAAGAUACAUGUAUUCCACAAAUGAAAAUAUUGGACUAGGUUGGACACUCGAUGGCAUUGCAUUCUACGCUUACAGCCUUUAA